CUUGUGGAGUUACUUAAUUGUUUUCCCUUCUGUGUGUGGCUGGAAGCCGGUUAUCGGCCCAGUCGCUGGCCCUGGCCGGGGCCGGCUCCGUUUGAGAUCUCCGGGAACUUCGAUUUGAACCCUUGAAGCCACUCUAUCCUGCCGGAUUCCUUCUGAAGCCAAAGGCGUUGUCCAGCGUUGUUCCGGGUUGGGAGGAAGAGCCCCCUCCAGCCCCGGGAAUCAGCGGGUGGGGAUCAGUGGGCUGGCUAGCGCCAUCCCGGCCUGGUCCUGCCCUCCACUAGCCAGAGGUAUGUUCCUGGGGCUUCGGCCUACUGAGUUUUGGCUCUGAAGCAGGCCCCGAGGUGCUGGGAGAAUAAUUUUCCCAGGAGGGGAGAACACUCCAGGCGGGUGAAUUCAUUUGGAGCAGAGCUACCCAGCACAGUGCCUUGGGCAGCUGAAAAGGAGUUUGCUCAAGCCCUGGUUGCUCGCUGCUGCCCUGAUGUUGGACUUGCGAAGGUGACUUCCCCCACAGCCUCCCAGACAGGGAUGUAGAGACGUCCAGACUGUUUGCCCUGAGCCUCAGGUUUGCACCUCCAGCCCUGCACACCCACUGCACAAGGAUUUCACCCAGAGACAGAUCCCCGGGGAUCUGAACUUCAUCUGGCUGGCACCCCCAAACAGCAUGAGGAAGUGCCUCUCACCCCUCCAAUGCCCGGGAAAGACAAGGCCAGGGACGGGCGGUGUCCACCUUCAAUCCUGAGAAGAAAGCAGCCCCCAGGUCCAGCUGUGGUCAGCAGGAGGAGAGCGGAGAGGCGGGUCCGGUUCCUGGAGCCCGAGGCCAACACCGUGCACGAACUCUCCUUAGAAGACAGCAUCGAGGCUCCUGCCCGGACCCCCGCCGGCCUCUCGCUAUUUCUGAGGGUCUCCGUGUGUGUGCUGCUGCUCCUGGCUGGGGGGCUCUGCUACAGCAGGGCCCGGACGGACCACCGGCCUGGGGAGGGCCUGCCAUCCCAGCUCCUUCUCUUCCUCGUUCAGCUAAGGCGGGCUGCGCUCACCUGUUGGGCCUGGUUCGGGCGGCAGUGACCGAGGCUCAGACGUCCCCCCCGCCCACCGUCGCUCCGGACCAAGAUGGAGCCGGACAGGCCAACCAGCUGUGACUCCAGUGGGUGAGGCAGCCCCAAGUCCCUGCCAUCGGCAGGGCACCCUGGCCUUCUCUGAAUGGAGCCCUCGAACUGGGCCCUUGCAGAGGAAGGGGAGACUUCAGGGGAGGCUCCAAAAUCUGCUUCCGUCACUUCUGAAAUGCUUCUGAGUCACAGUUGUCAUCAUCGUCGUCGUCGUCAAUAUUGCUGAGCAAUUUCUGCAUUCAGUGCUCUGUACUGGGCCCGCUCUGUACUGGGCACCUACUGUGUGCAAAGGACUUUACUGAGCAUCUUCU